GAUUGAUCUGAGAACAAUAAUUAUGAGGCUGACAUGUAUGUUCUCCUUCAUCUUGCUGUUUGGAGCAGCUGGGCUUGUUGUCUUCAUUCACCUGCAGGAUCCAGAAGAAAUAGUUCAUCAGCAGACACCAGGGAUAAAAUAUAACGUGGGAUUCCAGCAACCAAAAAAAGACUGCGUUUCCAGCAAUAACCAGGAUAGAAGAUUAAGAAAAAAUACUGCAGAGGGAGUAGCAACAGUAAAGCUGAGCGGUUCGUUACACCCAUCUGAAAACGUGCCCUCCAAGCUUCAAAGCACAGACAGAAGGCAAAGCAGCACAACGUUUAUGAAAGAUUAUCAAGAGAAAGGUGAGGAAACCAAUUCAGUGAGGCUCCAUAAACGGAGGAGGAGGUUUGUAAUUAAGAAGAGCCCAAUUCUGAUUUCCAUGAACAGCUCCACUCUCAACUUGCCCACACUUAAAUCCGAGGACAGAAAUAACAAAUGGAAAAGUCUCUACCAGAUACAAAGCAAAAGAAAGCAAAUAAUGAAGGAAACUUGUUCUAAGUACAAGAGUAAUAACAGAAGAAUAAUCACUCCUUAUCAUGUUUCUAGAAUAUUUGUGGAAGACAAAUAUAGAGUUUUAUACUGUGAAGUACCAAAAGCUGGCUGCUCAAACUGGAAACGGGUGCUCAUGGUUCUCAAUGGGCUGGCUUCUUCCACAAAAGAUAUACAACACAACACAGUGCACUACGGAAACUAUCUAAAAAGGCUGGAUGGGUUUGAUCGCAAAGGAAUUUAUCACAGGCUCAACACCUACACAAAGAUGCUUUUUAUUCGCGAACCCUUUGAAAAGCUGGUAUCUGCAUUUCGGGACAAGUUUGAACAUCCAAACAAUUACUAUCAUCCUGUAUUUGGAAAAGCCAUCAUUUCCAGGUACCGUGUCAAUGCCACCAAAGAAGCAUUAAGGACAGGCUCUGGAGUCAAAUUUAAAGAGUUCAUUCAAUAUCUCCUGGAUGUACAUAGGCCAGUGGGUAUGGACAUCCACUGGGAUCACGUCAAUAGGCUUUGCAGCCCAUGUCUAAUAGAUUACGACUUUGUUGGGAAAUUUGAAAGUAUGGAAGAAGAUGCAAACUUCUUCUUGCACCUAAUCGGUGCUCCACAAAAUUUGACUUUCCCGAAGUUCAAAGACAGGCACUCCAAUGAAGAAAGAACUACCACUAAAAUCACCCAACAGUACUUUGCACAGCUUUCUCCCUCUCAAAGGCAACGAAGUUAUGACUUUUACUAUAUGGAUUAUUUGAUGUUUAACUACUCAAAACCUUUUGAAGAUUUAUAUUGAUUUGAGUGCUGGGACACUUCCCAUAUCAGUUGAGUUUCAUUCCAAAUUCAGGCGGCUUCUGUUUAUACACACUUGUCUGUUAGUAAAGAAUUGGUCGAAGAACAGGAAAACAAAUCCAAAACAGAACAUAAGUGGUUAGUGAUGUUUACACCUUCACCUUAAAUGCCUCCUUUUUCAAGUCAUUUAUGAAGUGUAUGUACAUACAUGUAUAAUAAUACUGUAUGUCAGGGCUCCUAAAUA